AGAAGACGAACGCGGAAGUCACGUGACGAUGUUUACGGUCGCGCCGCUGAGACGGAAAGAUUUCUUGAGUGAUUAAACAUUUGCAGGCAGAGCUCGGUUGGGUCGUGGUGUUGGGGAUGGGAGCUCACGGGGUCGUGGGCAACGAGCCGCAGUCCAUCGACUACUCGGUGCACGAGGCCUGGAACGAGGCCACCAACGUGUACCUGCUGGUGAUCCUGGUCAGCUUCGGCCUGCUCAUCUACGCCCGCAAGAACAAGAGGAAGAUCAUGCGGAUCUUCAGCGUCCCCCCCGCGGCCGGCAGCAGCCAGGAGCCAAACUUCUACGACAGUCUGCAGAAGGUUCGGCUGCGGCAGCAGCUGGAGAUGUACUCUCUAUCCAGGAAGUUUGAUCACCAGCAGGUGCAGCAGCAGACGGAGAGCGUGCAGCUGUCGAUGGAGUGAGAGGAGAUGCUGCCGGUACGAACAGCCCCGUGUGCCCAGUCCCCCCCCCCCGUACGGACCUGGACAGCUGCUGUCUGCGUGGUCACAGCUUCCUCUGUGACACACGGAGCCCCCACAGUUGGAGGGAUGGCUGAGCGGCCAGAGACGCUAGAGGGCAGGGCAUCACGCCGGCCCGCCACCCCACCUGUGAUGGUACUCUAAUCAUGGCACAAGGAAACAAAACAGCCACCAUGAGGGAUUUUUGGAGCCUGAAACGAGAUAUGUGGGUUGAAAUAAGGGCACAUGUUUUUGUUUCGUUCAUUUUUGCAUGUAGACAUAUGUGAUUAGUAAAAUGAGAAUUCAUAAAUGUAGAAAAACAAGAAAUGCACAGAAACAGUGUUUUAGUUGGUAGAUGGAUUUAUUGUUAGUGUUAUCUAGAUUUCUUUUUCUUUUUCCUCUGAAAGAAAACACAAUAUACAUACGUUUCUAAGAUAAUUUGUUCUUUUAUUGCCCCCCAGUGGGGAAAUUCACAAUGUCUGAAAAAGUGCAGCAUACAAAAUAUUAACAAGUAAGAAAAAUAACCACCUCGACUACGUAUUUACAGUUUCAGGUGAAAAACUUUACAGCAGGAUGAAGGUGGAGAACGGGCAGCGUGCUGCAGACCAUGACACAUUUCAUAGAUGUACCAGUAAUAGUUUCAGUUAUAAAGAGUACAUUGCAUAUAACAGUUUAUUGCACAUUGGAGUAGAAUGCAAAGCUAAAGAUGGUGUCUAUGUGAUCUAAGAAUCGAGCACAAUACCUGUACAUCAUAAGCCAUGUAGACGACUGUUUCUAUGUAUUGAUGUUUUGUUUUUGAUGCUGUGAUGCACUUUGGUCAACUUGGGUGGUUGAAAUGUAAUACAUGAAUAAAAAACGCUGAGAUUUGA